AUGCCUCGUGGUCAGAAGAGUAAGCUCCGUGCCCGCGAGAAGCGCGAGCGUGCCCGUAUUGAAACCCAGGGCCUCCAGGGUUCUGAGGCCUCUGCUACCAAGGUCAGCGCAUUGGUGCAGUUCAUGUCUGAGAUGUAUAAAAAUAAACAGCCCAUUAUGAUGGCAGAGUUGCAGAAGGUUUUACACAAAAAGUAUAAGGAGGAAUCCUUUGAGAUCCUGAAGAGAGCCAUGGACCGCAUGGAGGUGGUCUUUGGCCUUGAAUUGAAGGAAAUUAACCCCAACAGUAACUACUAUUACUUCGCCAGCAAGUUGAAUAUUGCCAAAGGAAGAAGUCUAACUGGAGGCAGCGGUUUGCCCAAGUCAGGUCUGGUGAUGGUCCUCUUGGGUGUGAUCUUCAUGAAUGGUAACCGAGCCAGUGAAGAUGAAAUCUGGGAAUUCCUAAAUGCAUUGGGGAUCUAUGCUGGACAGAUGCACUCAAUUUUUGGGGAGCCCAGGAAGUUUAUAACCAAAGAUUUGGUGAUGGAGAGGUUCCUGGUAUACCGGAAAGUGCCCAAGAGUGAUCCUCCAUGCAAUGAAUUCCUAUGGGGUCCACGAGCUUACGCUGAAACCACCAAGAUGAAAGUCCUUCAAGUUUUGGCCAAGAUCAACAAUACAGAUCCCAGCUCCUUCCCUGUUUUGUAUGAAGAAGCUUUGAGAGAUGAGGAAGAGAGAGCCCAAGCCAGAGCUGUUAAUGAUAGAGCCGGUGUGCGUUCCAAGGGCAAGUAG